UCCCAGCUGGCUGGGUCCCACAGCUCCCCGGCCAUGAAAGGGCCCAAUGUCCGCCGGCGGAGGCGUGCCGGAUGACGUCACGCCCUGGGCGAGGCUGGGGACCCAGCACACCGCCGUCUUCGGGAUCAGCGGUCCCCACCACUCAACCCGCCUCGGUUUGUGCCUUCAGCGUGAGCUCCAAAUCCUCCAGCGUCCCAUAAUGCCUUGCCUGACGCUUUCGCCCUCAGCCCUGGCAACAGCUGCGUAGCCGCCCACAGGGGGCGGAGGCGCCACGCCGCAAGACAGGGGCUCAGGAGAAAGUUUGUCCCUCUUCGCGAUCCGGCACAUAGAGGUCGUUGCUAGGCGCCGACGUCCGCUUCUUCACAUCUGAUUGGAUCUCAUUAUAGCGGCCUCGCACCGACGAGGCGACUGCCACAGGAAGCCGCUCCGAGGCAGACGAUGAGGACGACGAGGACUACGUGCCGUACGUGCCGUUGCGACAGCGCCGGCAACUGCUGCUCCAGAAGCUGCUGCAGCGAAGGCGCAAGGGAGCUGCAGAAGAGGAGCAGCAGGACAGCGGCAGCGAGCCCCGGGGAGAUGAGGACGACAUCCCGUUGGGCCCUCAGUCCAACGUCAGCCUCCUGGAUCAGCACCAGCACCUCAAAGAGAAGGCUGAAGCCCGCAAGGAGUCUGCCAAAGAGAAGCAGCUGAAGGAAGAGGAGAAGAUCCUGGAGAGUGUGGCUGAGGGUCGAGCCUUGAUGUCAGUGAAGGAGAUGGCUAAGGGAAUCACGUAUGACGAUCCAAUCAAAACUAGUUGGACACCACCCCGUUACGUCCUGAGCAUGUCUGAAGAGCGGCAUGAGCGUGUACGGAAGAAGUACCACAUCUUGGUGGAAGGAGAUGGUAUCCCGCCACCCAUCAAGAGCUUCAAGGAAAUGAAAUUUCCUGCAGCCAUCCUGAGAGGCCUGAAGAAGAAGGGCAUCCACCACCCAACACCCAUUCAGAUCCAGGGAAUUCCCACCAUUCUAUCUGGCCGUGACAUGAUAGGCAUAGCCUUCACGGGUUCAGGCAAGACACUGGUGUUCACUUUGCCGGUCAUCAUGUUCUGCCUGGAGCAAGAGAAAAGAUUACCUUUCUCUAAGCGUGAAGGACCCUAUGGACUCAUUAUCUGCCCCUCGCGGGAGCUGGCCCGGCAGACCCACGGCAUCCUGGAGUAUUACUGCCGCCUACUGCAGGAGGACAGCUCGCCACUCCUGCGCUGUGCUCUCUGCAUCGGGGGCAUGUCCGUCAAAGAGCAGAUGGAGACCAUCCGACAUGGUGUGCACAUGAUGGUGGCCACCCCUGGGCGCCUCAUGGAUCUGCUGCAGAAGAAGAUGGUCAGCCUGGAUAUCUGUCGUUACCUGGCCCUGGACGAGGCUGACCGCAUGAUCGACAUGGGUUUCGAGGGUGACAUCCGUACCAUCUUCUCCUACUUCAAGGGCCAGCGACAGACCCUACUCUUUAGUGCCACCAUGCCUAAGAAGAUUCAGAACUUUGCCAAGAGUGCCCUGGUAAAGCCUGUCACGAUCAAUGUGGGGCGUGCUGGGGCUGCCAGCCUGGAUGUCAUCCAGGAAGUAGAAUAUGUGAAGGAGGAAGCCAAGAUGGUGUACCUGCUUGAGUGCCUGCAGAAGACACCACCGCCCGUGCUCAUCUUUGCGGAGAAGAAAGCAGAUGUGGACGCCAUCCAUGAGUACCUGCUCCUCAAGGGGGUCGAGGCUGUGGCCAUCCAUGGGGGCAAAGACCAAGAGGAACGGACCAAGGCCAUCGAGGCAUUCCGGGAGGGCAAGAAGGAUGUCCUAGUAGCCACAGACGUAGCCUCCAAGGGCUUGGACUUCCCUGCCAUCCAGCACGUCAUCAAUUAUGACAUGCCUGAGGAGAUCGAGAACUAUGUGCACCGUAUCGGCCGCACUGGGCGUUCAGGAAACACAGGCAUUGCCACCACCUUCAUCAACAAGGCCUGUGACGAGUCGGUGCUGAUGGAUCUCAAAGCCCUGCUACUGGAGGCCAAGCAGAAGGUUCCACCCGUGCUGCAAGUACUGCACUGCGGGGACGAGUCCAUGCUGGACAUUGGAGGAGAGCGUGGCUGUGCCUUCUGUGGGGGCCUGGGCCAUCGGAUCACCGACUGCCCCAAACUCGAGGCUAUGCAGACGAAGCAGGUUAGCAACAUCGGCCGCAAGGACUACCUGGCCCACAGCUCCAUGGACUUCUGAGCUGGCUGUCAUCCCUCUUUCUCUCCAAGGGGCCUCCGUCCCUGGGGCUCCAGCCACCUCCCACACACCUCUGCCCCGUGGGCAAGAAGCCAGCAUCCUCGGCCCAGCUGGCCUGGGUUGGGCCAGGCUGGACCUGGCUGCCUGCUCCCUGUGCCCCCCAGAAUUACUAUUUUUGCUCCUCUUUACCCCAGCUGCCAUUAAAACACCAGCCUUUUUGGUCUCA